AUGGGAUUUACGUACGGUUUAAAACGUGCGCAUGUGGACCCUACCCCCGUUGGACUUGUUGCGCCACCCAUGCUACGCGAGCUGUGCAUCUACCUGCUCGGUGGCGUCACAUUCAUCCCGCUGUGUAUACUACUUCUCAACAUAUGUGAUUCUUUGCCGGAGCCGCCAAACCCACCUCUCGAGCCGCGCGCCCUUACUUCCGAUGACGAGCCUGGCGGCGAUACGGACGCGCUGCGCCUGCUGGCGGAGACGGAAAAAGACCGUACGGAGACGGCUUCUAUACGGUCUUCCGGUAGCGCAAGCAGUCGAAAAGCACUUUUUUCGUGGCUGAUCGUGCGCCCGACGUCCAAAGGACUCCCGCGAAAAAGCGACGCGUAUUUUGCGAGGGACGGCUCGCGCAUUCCUCCGAAUUGGCGGCAUGUCGCGCCGAGCACUGACAAUCCAGCCACAUCAUCUACCGAUGGCACUGUACAACGAACGAACUACAUGAGCAUGAUGUACCGCAACAUUCGCGGCGCACCGACCGUGGGCCCCGAUAUUCCCCAAGACACGGACGGCGACCCCGCCUUUGCCUCGGAUACUUCACACGCCCAAGACGAGCACGGAAUAUACUUUGCGAUUCUGAGCAAAUCGAUGCUUUAUUUGUACAAUUCUGACGAUGCGGCGCGUGCUGGUACCGAGUGCAUCGCUUCCAUACACCUGCCGAGCAAACGCGUGAGUAUGUGGGAGCGCGAAGUGGGCGAUGUGGAAGGCGCGCACUUGGACGGAGAGAAGAAGCCAAUAUGCUCCGAUGGUACAUUGUUUACGAAGCGAAAUGCCAUCCAUAUUGCGUCGAUGCAGCCGGGCGGUCCACAAUGGUACAUCAUGACUCCCAGGGCCAAGCUGCUAGAAGACUGGUACCAUGCGCUUGUCGAUGCAUCGUCCAAAGCAGACAUGCACUGGUCGGACUUGAUCAAUGCCUUCGAUAUGCGCACCUUGAUUGCUACAUUGGACGACCAUCCCGAUGAGCUACAGCUUCGGUGGCUCAAUGCAUUGCUUGGCCGCGUUUUUCUCGCCGCUUCGCGCACGCACCGCUUCCAAGAGUUUGUCGAGAGUCGUAUUUUGCGCAGACUCCAACGCAUGAGCUUUCCCCGGCUUUUGAGUGACGUGCAGCUAAACUCUGUUGAUACAGGACACGCUGCCCCGACGUUUGGCCGUCCCGUUCUCAAAUCCUUGACGCACAAUGGACACACGGAUAUGGAAGUGCAUGUGCGCUACCACGGUCGCAUGCACAUUGAAAUCUCCGCGACACUCACCAUUCCGCUUGGACAGCGGUUCAAGUCGUACAGAGUGCCCGUCGUGCUUGCCGUGAUUCUGCGGUCCUUGGAAGGCACAAUGCAGCUCGAAAUCAAUCCGCCGCCGAGCAACCGCAUCUGGUACGGAUUCACAAGCAUGCCAAAGAUGGACAUUGUCGUUGAACCCGUCGUCUCCACGCGCCGGGUGCGUUGGUCGCUCAUCACCGGCCUGAUUGAAAAUCGCAUCCGCGAGAGCGUGGCAGAGAGUCUGGUUGUACCGCACAUGAACAGUGUGUCGUUCUUCAAUACGCAGUCAGAGGCGCGCCGCGGCGGUAUAUGGAACGAGGCGCUUGUGCAGCGACAAGAGAAGCUCGCGCCAGUGGAAAAGUCUUACUCCACGAGCCCCACGUUGGAUGUACCGCUUAACUACACGCCCAGCCCCGACACUCCCAUCUCGCCACUCGAGAACGGCACGCAGAAAUCCCUGCGGCGUAGGACCCGGCUUUGCCCGUGGCUCGUUAAGCAGCCGGACAGCGCUUUAGACAGUGCACAGAGCAACACGGAUUUUUCUUUGCAAAACCGCGACCUGCCCGAGCGCAGCUUGUCUACUCCCGACGCUGUGUUGAGACAAAGCACGAAUAAGUCUGAUAGCCAGCCUACCUCGCCGGACGUGCUUGCGCAUCGCACCUAUUGCUCGGAUGCCGACGCGUCGCAUACGCCGCUACGCGCGCGUGUGACCACACUGGCGAAAUCACUGCAAGACAAGGACACACGCCAAACAGCGACGAAAGACGCCAAAGAUGCGCUGAAGCGGGGCUGGGCGACGUGGAGUACUCGUCUUGCAGACACAAAAACCAAGCCGGCAGACGACCAACGUAAGUCGAGUGUGUCGUCCAUGCCACCCGCAAUCCCCCCGCGAGUACCGGCGGGCACAGGAGAGAGUAAAAUUGCAAACAUUGACGAGGCGGCCAAGGCGUUGCGCAGCACGGAAAAGAGCCCGGCACCAGUGCCAAGCGAGACACUACCUUUGAAGCUAGACAUACCCACCCCUGUCCAAAACAAGCCAACGGUGGACAAGGGAGAGUACGGUAUUUUUCUACACGAGGCACAUAAUCUUUUGUUAUAA